CUGAGCCUGUGGCCGACCCUGAACCUGCGGUCGAUCCUGAGCCUGUGGCCGACCCUGAACCUGCGGUCGAUCCUGAGCCUGUGGCCGACCCUGAACCUGAGGUCGAUCCUGAGCCUGUGGCCGACCUUGAACCUGCGGUCGAUCCUGAGCCUGUGGUCGAUCCUGAGCCUGUGGCCGAUCCUGAACCUGCGGUCGAUCCUGAGCCUGUGGCCGACCCUGAGCCUGCGGUCGACUCUGAGCCUACGGUCGACUCUGAGCCUGCGGUCGACUCUGAGCCUGCGGUCGAUUCUGUGGCCAUCAUCAAUCCCGAGCCUGUAGUGCUAAUGCUACGGGAGAACCACUCAGGAGUUCCGGGUGCAGCUGAGGUACCUGCCGGGUCGGUAAACAUGAACGGGGAGAGCAAUAGGAUGGGGUGCCCCGUGCUGGUUCCACCAGAGGCGUCCGUGCUUGACGAAGGGGAAGUGCGCAUGCUGGACGAAGCAGAAGUGUCCGUUCACGCCCCAGAGGGGGAAGUCCAUGAACCACACGAGAGACAAGACCCACGUGAGACAGAAGUGGAAGCGAGAGUUGUGGAAGAGAAAGUGCCACAAGCCAAGGAAACAGCCCCGAGUGCAGACGACGUAGCGAGCGCGACUGCUGGACUGGUGGGUGGUGCCGCGUUGUCGACUAUUUUGCUGGCGACCCAAGAAGCGGCUCAGGACGUGCCGAAAGAGGUGUUGCCGGUGAUGAAUGACAGUAGUGGUGCGAUGGACCACGCGGUGCCGGAGGUGACUCCUGCGGAGUGUGUGGUUCCACAAGAGUGUGUGGUUCCACAAGAGUGUGUGGUUCCACAAGAGUGCGUGGUUCCUCAGGAGUGUGUGAGAUCGGCGUUUGGUGCUCGAUAUGCCUACAUUCCUGCAGAAGGAUUGCCGAGUCACGAGGGCACGCCGCGUUCCCAGCGUACCCCGGCGUCGGUCGGGGGGGAAUUGGUCGGCCCGUCCUCUACGAGUGUGGAUCCUCCUUCAACAGUUCCCGAUAUGAACGAUGACCUGGCAACCGGAGGACUGCCGGCGCAACCCACCGGGUACGGCACCCCUCCUGUCAUCCGAGCGUCCCCGCGGACGCGGCCUUGCGGGCAAAAAACCUUUUAA